CUCUUUAUCAACGUUCAUCGUAAUUCGAACUUUAUCAACACAACUUUUGUUUCUUUAUACUAUCAAGUUUUAUACCAAGUAUAUUAUCAACAAUGAGAGAAAUCAUUAGUGUUCACGUCGGUCAGGCUGGUAUCCAAAUUGGAAACGCUUGUUGGGAACUGUAUUGCCUUGAACACGGUCUUCAACCUGAUGGUCAUUUUAUGGAAGAUAAUUCCUCUGAGAGUAAUGAUGCUAUGCAAACAUUCUUUAGUGAAGCAAAUGGCAGAAAAUAUGUCCCUCGUACAGUCAUGGUUGAUUUGGAACCUACCGUGGUUGAUGAAGUCCGAACUGGUACCUAUCGACAACUUUUUCAUCCAGAACAAUUGAUCUCGGGUAAAGAAGAUGCUGCCAACAAUUAUGCGCGUGGUCAUUAUACUGUAGGAAAAGAAAUGGUAGAUUCUGUCUUGGAUCGCAUUCGCAAACUUGCUGAUAAUACUAAUGGACUUCAAGGUUUCCUGGUUUUCCAUUCAUUUGGUGGCGGUACUGGAUCAGGAUUUGGUUCACUUUUAAUGGAAAGGCUUUCUGUAGACUAUGGCAAGAAAUCCAAACUUGAAUUCUCUGUUUAUCCUGCUCCUCAAGUAUCAACAGCUGUUGUGGAACCUUACAACUCCAUUCUUACCACUCAUACUACCUUGGAACACUCUGAUUGUUCAUUUAUGGUCGAUAAUGAAGCAAUCUAUGAUAUAUGUCGUCGCAAUUUGGAUAUCGAACGUCCUACUUAUUCCAAUCUCAAUCGAUUGAUUGCUCAAGUCGUAUCCUCUAUUACUGCCUCACUUCGUUUUGAAGGAUCUCUCAACGUUGAUCUUGCCGAAUUCCAAACCAACUUGGUACCUUAUCCUCGUAUUCAUUUCCCUUUGGUCACCUAUGCUCCCAUCAUCUCUAUGGCCAAAGCCUACCAUGAACAAUCAUCUGUAUCCGAAAUCACCUACGCAUGCUUUGAACCCAAUAGUCAAAUGGUCAAAUGUGAUCCUCGUAAUGGCAAAUAUAUGUCCUGUUGUCUCUUGUACCGAGGUGAUAUUACUACCAAGGAAGUGAAUCAAGCUAUUGCCUCUAUCAAAACAAAAAGAACAAUUCAAUUUGUCGAUUGGUGUCCUACUGGAUUCAAGGUCGGUAUCAAUGGUAAACCACCCACUGCUAUUCCUAAUGGUGAUGUCGCUCCUAUCCAACGAGGUAAGUGGAAUAUUGUCGCUAUGCUUGCAAACACUACAUCCAUCGCCGAUGCCUGGGCUCGACUUGAUCACAAAUUUGAUUUGAUGUAUGCCAAACGUGCUUUCGUGCAUUGGUACGUGGGUGAAGGUAUGGAAGAAGGUGAAUUUUCUGAAGCUCGUGAAGAUUUGGCUGCUCUCGAAAAGGACUACGAAGAAGUAGGAUCCGAUUCAUUGGGUGAUUCCGAAAUAGAAAACGAUGAAGAAUACUAGUUGAUUCAAUAGUGAUAUGAUUAGGAUAUAUAGUUUCCAAUUAUUUAGUCUUCUCCCCCAAUACUUUUUACUUUUCCAUCCUCUCUCUCUCUCUCUUAGAUAACAUGUGGAAGUUGUAUUCAACACUCCCUUUACUAUCUAUUUAUAUUUUAUGCGAACAAUAAAAAAAAAAAACAACUAUAAAAUUCAA